UUCAGGUUAAUCAUGCUCUUAGGUACCGGAUUGCUACUAUUGUGUAUGGGCUUUUCCGCUGGAUAUUAAAGGAACUUGGAUUGUGGUAAAUUGCUUUUUGAUGGACGGACCCCUAAAGAGGGACAUGUAACUCCGCUUGGUUGCUUUUGGUAACUAUAGUGUUUUCUUUAUCUUUAAACUACUUUUAUGCUAUCUUUUGGGAAAAAAAACUUUUGUUCCAUUUGUAUUUCUUUAAUAAUUGUCAGACCUUACAUCUAUGAUCCAAAUCAUGGACAAAAAAAUAAUUUUUCAUCUUUGGAGUUUCCAACUAGCUAAGCUAGUUUACCCGGUUGGACUCCUCUUGCGGAUUGUUAUUUGUAUCUUGAAAUGUCCCUACUGCCGAAAAUUCCUGAGUGAUCUACGUUGGAAUCAGGUUGUGAAAUUAACUAAUUGGAACUAAAUUCUUGUGUUUCAAUGUUGUUUUUUCAAUGCACUUUAAAACGAGUUUUUAGAAAUAAAUUUCUUACACGUACUAGUAUUACGCCAAGAACACUAAAGCGCAUUGCUCCAAUCAUAUCUUAGUAUUCAUGUAUACUAGAAAGUAUGUGACUGGAGCGACAAAGAGAGAAAUGUAAGAGUAGAGUAGCUUUUUGCGAAACACAUUCACACCGUGUAGAGUUCGAAGCUGUUCUGUCUUUGUGUGUGUGGGAAAUUGGCUGUAAUAUUACAGUGAACUCCUCUUUCAAUUCCGUGUGGGUCACUUCUGUUUUAUACAUUGCUUUUGAGUCUCAAAAGAAGUUCAAAGCAAUUAUGGCUUCAAAAGAAAAUAAAAAAAACACUAAUUGAAAACAAAAAGAAUUUAGCUGUACUAGUUAGUGUAAGGUAAGACAAAUUAAGCAAUGCUUUGGAAAAUACUGUAUCAUAUACAUAAAGCCAAUAUAAGUAAUAAUUACGAAUAGUUGUGGAUUUGACAAUAUUUUGAAUAAUGUGACGAGUUUUUGAAAAAUCAUUCAUGGAAAUAUCAACAAUUUUUUGUUGUUGCUAUUUGGUAAUUUUCAAAGUUUAUAGCAGCCAAUCUGAAAGACGACGUGAUUUUGGUGUGUCUGUUGAUAAUUUCAAAUGAUCAAUAAAUUGUAAUAAAUAUUGGAUACGAUAUAUGUUAAUGUUAGUUUUGAUAAAUGUCAAAAUUAUGUAGCUAAGUAUUAUCAAUAAUAGGAAAUAUCAAGUUGUAUAUGUAUGUAAUUUACUUUGUUCAUUCACUGACAUAGACAUAGGUAAAGUAUAUAAACAACUUUAUAUUUUAUAUGCUUGAUAAGACCAAAUCUAACUACAUACUAUUGACCAAUAAGAAACAAAUAUAUACGAGUGUCUACAAUAAUAAGUUGUAACAUUUUUUGCCAAUCUUAAACUAACUCCUCCUGGUUCGUUAAUAAACAUCCUAGAGUCUUACUAAAAACAUUGUUAUUUUCACGCUUCGUAAACUAUUUUCGUACACAAGGAGGAAAUUUCAAAGACAUGCAUCGUUGAAACCAUAGUCAAUGGGUCAAACGUAUCAUUUAUGUGGUGCGCAACAAAAAUAAUUAGAACUUAGGUUUACAUCACUAACAAUUAGAUGUCACGAUUAAAUAUUGGUCUAUAGUCAGUCCCUUGGGGGUGACAUGGUUUAUGGACACUUGGCAACCUCUUUGUGUUUCCCUUUCCUAGAGGGAAUCAUUUAUACUUGGAGUAUAUUCUACAAUCGUAUUGAUUCAUUAGAGUCCAAAUACUUUGACUCCCAUAAUUUUUUUUUUUGAAUUAUACACAGGUAUCCUGGCUCCACAGAAGUGAUCCAGACUAGUCAAGUAUUGCCACGUGUCGGUCCUCUGUCCCUGGCGAUGCCGAAAUGUUAAUUUUCCAGUGGCUGAGAUUCGAACCCAGGUGGCGGUACUCACAGCUGUAAGCCCUUUACUACUAGAGAUAGAAGCUCCAGUUUUUAAUGAUGGUUGUGGUGGAAAAUAUAUAGUUGCGUGUUAGUAACACAAAUAUUUUGCAGCCGCACACGCACGUAUAGGCCCGAAAGUUCGUGUCAUCAAUCCAACCUAGUAGAGUCUUAUUGAUAAUUUUCCAGUAACGAUCUGAUAUAAUUAAACUGGCACGAGAGUUGUCGAAACAAAAUAAAGAAGCACAAGAAAAUGAUUGGUGAAAAAGUUACUGAUCAUUUGAUCGGAUGAUGAUGAUACUCUUGCACUUAUAGCAUUUAUUGAGUCCCAAUCAAACUACCCUAGUGUACACGAUCCAAAAGACAAUCUUUGACCAAUUAAUGAAUGAAUCCGAAUAGGAUACAUCACUUUUCCAGAAUUAAUAUUCUAAAGUGGCACUUCACAUAUUGUUCCACUAAACGAAAGACGUUAAAAAUAGUUUCCACUCAAAAACUAUAAGAAAAUCGAUGUUUAUACAAUAUGUCUAGUGUCUUUAAUCUUAAGUACCUAUCGUGCGUGGAUAUACGUAGGUGCGAUGCAAUAUAUACUAUAUUUGUCCCCCUGAAGUCUCAAAACCCGAAUGAUAUAUUAUGCAGAAGACGUACCCUACAUGCAAAAUAUCGACAUAUCCAAGCACACUAGAAGACAAAGUGACCGCAUUUAGUUUUACCCCAUUUGAUCAUUUUCUUCUAUAAUUUUCACAUUUUACGCGAAUUCACCAACAUUACCUUUUACCUUUUCUUUUUAAAAAGUUCAACAUUAUCCACUCUAAUAUUAACUCUGUUAAAUUUCGUUAUUCUAUAAGAAACCAGUUAGUGUGAUUUUUUCAAAAUAUAUAUCACAAAAAUAGUGGAAGGAAAAGAAAAUCUUUAGUCAUUUUCAAAAAGGAUUAGUUGAGAGUACGAAUAGUAGAGAUAUAGAUAGCAAGCUGUUGAAGGUGGAAGCAGGAGCACACCCAAUAACUAGCGAUCCCACAUGAUUAUACGUGUCAUUCUUCUAUUUAUUUCAUUACCAAUUUUUUUCUUAUUAAUGUUGGUGAAAACCUAUUGAAUAAAUUGAUGUUUUGGGACCGCUAAGUAUCAAACCUCGAUCCAGUAUAUGUUUUCUUAAUGACUCUUAAGUCUUCCCACAGUUCAUUUUUUAUACUAAAUUCUUAUUGAGAUUUUGGAAAAUAAAUGUACUUAGAGUCUAGUGUUUUUGGAUUUUUCAUUUGUAUACCGCCACUUCUAAAGAUAAGUCGUUCAAGUAGAAAGUCUUACGAAACUACGCAUAACUAAAUUACAAAGGAGUUCCAAGAAUAUUGGUUAAUACAAACAAAAUACAUUUCAGCAUAAAUUAGGCAACCUACAAAAUCACGUGGUGUAUUUCACAUUUUCAGUUUUUCACUAAUUACUUAAGUAGGAGUACGACCUCCAAGUCACCGGUAACGGUAAGUAUGGGAAAUAUAGUUUUUAUGCAUCAGGUACUCCAAAAUUAUACUACAUCAAGUGCUAUACAUUUAGUGUACUUCAACCUAACUAAAGGAGAAGAAAAUAUGAAAUAUACAAUUUUUUCCUGUAAUCCGCACGUGGUUUCCGUUUGCCCAAAGGCCCGUAAUCCGCACGUGGUUUCCGAUUGCCAACCAUCUAAUCCGCUGACCCGGAACCAGCCGGCCCUAAUACCCAUUACCCAAGGACCCGGCACCAACGCCGCGAUAACUUUAAACUUAGGGAGAGCGUAAAACAUUCCGUGGUCACAUGGGGUAUUCGAAUCCGGAUCCGUAUUGGUGUGUUAACUACCUCAAGACCACUAGCUCACCACCCCGUAGUUUUUUUUUCCUGUGUUUUGGAGUCGCUUAACAAAAUCUUCAUAAGCAGAAACUAUACUCUAGAAUCUAGAGGUUAAGAGUAGAAGACCCGUACAUUAAUAACCAAUCAAUGCGAGCUAUUAUGGACUUAUAUAAAAAGACUGAUAUUGGAAUAUAAGAGCAUGUAGAAAAAUCAAGAAGAGAAGAAGUUAGUUGUGCCAAAGUCAAGCAACCGUUGAAACUUGAAAGCGUGGAAAGAAUUUAAGAGCCACCGCAAUGUGGAAACAUAUAUGUUUCAUCAACAAAAAAAUAUGGCGUCAUUUAUGAUGUCAGGCGGUCACCUCACUUUGUCUAUAUAUACCACAUAUCUACCAAAAAGCACUUCACCCUCAAAACACUUGAUAAUGCUUGAUAUGGAGAGCAAGUGUGACGCUUCUGCCGCUAUCAUCUCUGCUUCUCCAACCUCUUCUCCUCCUCCACCACAGCUUUCACCACGUUUGGUGCUUAGCCCAUGCGCUGCUUGCAAAAUCUUGAGGCGGCGUUGUGGAGAUAAAUGCGUUUUGGCUCCCUACUUCCCUCCAACGGAGCCAGCCAAGUUCACUAUCGCCCACCGUGUGUUUGGAGCCAGCAACAUCAUUAAGCUCUUGCAGGAACUUCCCGAAUCACAAAGAACUGAUGCGGUAAAUAGUAUGGUGUAUGAAGCCGGAGCUAGAAUCAGAGAUCCAAUAUAUGGAUGUGCCGGUGCCAUAUACAAUCUACAAAGACAAGUGAGUGAACUCCAAGCACAGCUAGCAAAAGCUCAAGUGGAGAUAGUUAGUAUGCAGUUACAAAGAUCAAAUCUACUAGAACUGAUUCACAACAUGGACCAACCAAACCAAGAGCAACAUAAUAUGUCCUUUGACAGUUCCUUUGGAAAUUGUGAUGAGUUCAUUAGCAGCCCGGACGAAGAGAGCAAUGAUUUUGGAUUCAUUGAAGACAACAAGUACUCCAACACCAUUCCAUCAACGUUGUGGUGUGAUCCUCUUUGGAUAUGAUAUUAACUAUAUAUAGUAUGAUUUUGACUAUACUUCACUUCAAAGCCUUUUAGUUAAGUUACUCAUGGUUUAGUUAUAGCAAACUUAGCAUACACAUUGUUAGAGACAGACUAUUAAUGUAAUAAAUUAUAUGGUGAAUUUAUCGGAAAUUUUAAUAUGUCAAAGGUUGUGUAUGCUGAAAUGAUUUAUCUUAAUAAUUUUUUUUUU